AUGACUCUCUCCGAAGACCAGGCUGUCGCCUUCAAGAACGAUGGCAACAAGGCGUUUGCUGCGCACGACUGGCCGACAGCCAUUGAUUUCUAUACCAAAGCGAUAGAGCUUGACGACCAGAAACCAACGUACUACUCCAACAGAGCGCAGGCAAAUAUCAAGUCCGAGGCGUACGGCUAUGCCAUUGCAGAUGCUACAAAGGCAAUUGAACUCGAUCCAAACUUCGUCAAGGCAUAUUACCGCAGAGCCGUCGCUUACACGGCUAUUCUGAAAUCGAAAGACGCUCUACGGGAUUUCAAGACCGUUGUUAGGAAAGCGCCGAAUGACAAAGAUGCGAAGCUUAAGCUGGCAGAAUGUGAGAAGAUUGUCAAGAGAGUCGCCUUUCUCCAGGCUAUCGACCCCGGGGAUGAGCCAUCUGCCGCCCAAGGUCUGGACCUGGACUCAAUGGUCGUAGAUGCCAACUAUGAUGGUGCACGAUUGGAACAAGAGAUGACGCAGGAGUUCAUAAGUGAUAUGUUGGAGCGAUUCAAGAACGGAAAAAAGAUUCACAAGAAAUACGUUUAUCAAAUCAUCUUGGCGGUUAAAAGGAUCGUUUAUGAUGAAGCAACUAUGGUCGAAAUGGAGAUUGAGGAUGAUGCAAAUCUUACCGUCUGUGGAGAUACACAUGGCUCCUGGUCAACUGAAAUUGCUCUUCUGUUGUAUGCGUACAAAUGGCUGCGCCCAGCCUCGUUCUUCAUAAACCGUGGAAAUCACGAGACCGAUGACAUGAAUCGUGUUUAUGGCUUCGAGGGUGAAUGUAAGGCGAAAUAUAACGAGCGCAUAUUCAAGCUUUUCUCGGAGAGUUUCUCAGCACUGCCGUUGGCGACUCUGAUUGGCAAGAAGUAUCUUGUGCUUCACGGUGGUCUGUUUUCUGAUGAUAAGAUCACUCUGGACGAUAUUCGAAAGCUCAACAGGCACAACCAGCGGCAACCAGGCCAGGCAGGAUUAAUGAUGGAAAUGCUGUGGACAGACCCACAAACCGAACCUGGUCGUGGUCCCAGUAAGAGAGGUGUCGGAAUGCAAUUCGGACCAGAUGUGACGAAGAGAUUCUGUGACAACAACGGCUUGAAGGCUAUCAUUCGCAGUCAUGAAGUCAGGAUGGAAGGCUACGAAGAAGAGCAUGACGGGAGAUGUAUUACAGUCUUCUCUGCGCCCAGGUACUGUGACAGCACUGAGAACAAAGGUGCCUACAUCAAUAUUGGCCCUGAUUAUAGACUCGAUUUCCACAAAUUUGAUGCUGUCCCACAUCCCAACAUCAAACCCAUGGCAUAUGCACAAAGCAGUCUCAUGUCUAUGACCUAA